UACAUAGCCAUGGGCGAUGAUCCGCAUUAAAGACUUUACGAGAGGAAGUGAGCGGAUAUUUCACCUUGGCUAUUGGAGAUGUUAAGAAAUCCAUGGUGUUCCAAGCAAAUGAACUUAUAGCACGGAGAACGUUUUGAAGUCUGCUCCGUGUGUUCUUCGUUUAAACCAUUUAAAUACAUUUGAUUUGUGGACCGCCGUAGUAAACAAAAUGUGGCGAAGGUUGUUUGUUGUGUUGCUGCCUAUUUUCGGGCUUUGUUCUGAGGAUUGGAACAGGAUGGCCAAAGAGACGCUGACUUCUGCUAUCAAGAUGAAACCAAACACCGCAGUGGCAAAAAACGUCAUCCUCUUCAUCGGAGAUGGACUGGGGGUAUCCACGCUCAAUGCUGCAAGGAUAUACCGGGGACAGAAAAACAACAAGACUGGAGAAGAAACUGUGCUAGAGUGGGAAAAGUUUCCUUAUGCCGCCUUCUCCAAAAUAUAUGGUGCAGACAAACAGAUUCCCGAUUCGGCGCAAACGGCGACCGCCAUUCUAGGCGGGGUCAAGGUCAAUUACAAAACUGUUGGGGUCACGGACGCUGUCCCGGGUGAAGGCUGUGAUAAACUGUUAGAACUCGGAGAAGCAGGGAAAGUGGUAUCUGUUCUCAGGAAAGCCCUCAGUGAAGGUAAGUCCACUGGAGUGGUCACCUCUACGAGGCUGACUCACGCGACUCCGGCCGCCACCUACGCCCACUCAGCUCACAGGAACUGGGAGUCGGAUGUUGACGUCAUUGAUGAGGCACGCGGGAAGUGUCGCGAUAUCGCCUACCAGCUGAUCCACAACAACAGCGACAUCCAAGUACUAUUAGGUGGGGGGAGGAGAGCCUUCUAUCCAACCAACUAUUCUGACCCGGAAACAGGAAGAACGGAUGUAAAUAAAAGAAACGAUACCUAUAAUCUUGUAGAAGACUGGCUAAAUAUACAGAGAGAAAAGAACAGGAAGCACAAGUUUGUGUGGAAAAAAGACGACUUUGAUAACAUUGACGUAAACAACGUCGAUUAUGUCCUAGGACUAUUUAGUCCGUCACACAUGGCGUAUGAAAUAGAGCGCGACAAGACCGGAAAUGGAGAACCUUCAUUAUCGGAAAUGACGUCAAAAGCAAUAAACAUUCUUAAAAGAAACAAAGAUAAAGGAUUCUUCUUACUAGUUGAAGGCGGAUUGAUAGAUAUAGCUCACCAUGACAGCCUCGCUAAGAAAGCACUAGAAGAAACUUUACAGUUUGAGGAGGCUGUGAAAGUAGCUGCAUCAAUGACCAAUCAAGAAGAUACUCUUCUGAUUGUAACUGCAGAUCACUCGCAUCCAUUUUCAUUGGCUGGUUACACUAAGCGCGGAAAUCCUGUUUUGGGCUUGGUUGAUGAAGAAUCUGCCAGAAUUGAACCUCCUUUAGACAAGAAACCAUAUACGGCCCUUGUGUAUGGCAAUGGUCCUGGAUAUAAAGCCGAUAGAGAAAAUUUGACGGGCGUAGACACUGCUGCUGAUAACUACAUACAACAGUCGGCUGUUCCUUUAGAAUACGAAACGCACAGCGCGGAGGAUGUCGGGAUAUUUUCCCAGGGUCCCAUGUCGCACCUGUUUCAUGGCGUCCAUGAACAGCACUACAUAGCACACGUUAUCCAGUAUGCGGCCUGUAUCGGGGACUACCGAGAGAAUUGUGACAGAGAGGAGAGAAGCACCAGCGGCUCUACAGUCCCGGAAGUACUCGGCUGGCUUCUACUUGCAUCGUUCUUGGCUUCCAGAAUAGGGACUUAAAAUCGGCUUAGAAAACGAUAUAAAAACCAAGUGUCUUCAUUGCGAUGGACAGAAAAGACACUGUUCUUUAUAAUUUGUUAGAUAUUAAACACAUGUAAAUUUAUGAACAAUUUAUGCACAGUAAAUCAGUACGGUCUAUGUAAACCUUUAAACUUUACUAAAAUCUUAGUUUACUUUGUGUUUUAAUAAGAAUGCUCUGAUUCGAUAAUACUAACCAAUGGGAAUAACGGCCAAUGAUAGAGUAAAGAAAAUUGUUCAACAACCCCAUCCAUGUGCGCACAAGAACUAGCGUAACUUAAUUCAUAAGUAGAUAUAGUAACUAUAUGCAUUUGAAAAAAAACAAAUUGUGUUGUAUAAACGUUCAAUAAUAAUGACUGUUUAAUUACAAAUUUGCCAACAUUAAGAAAUUAAAAGAAAGUAACUUGAAGAUAACUGACCACCUCAAACGUAACAUGAAGUUAUCAAAAUGUAAAGAUGAACAAAAAUCGAAUUGUUAUCACUUGAACACGUGCAAUAUUAUUUUUUAUUACUUCAUAUACAAUUUUAACCACUUUUAUGCAUAUUGUUACUUACAUUUUAACUUUUCUUUUGUUAUGACAAAUGUGCCCACGCCAGGUUAAUUUCAUAAAAUCAUCAUGUUGUUUUGAUAACAGACAUGUCUUCCUUCGAUGGCAAACCUACGUCUAUUCUACAUUGUAAACAUGUGUAUACAUACGUUUUGAUUUUUAUGUUAUUCAAUAAAAAAUGAUAAUACCGUG